AUUCAACAACAGCAAUAACAAAAAGAUACAUAAACCAGCAGAUUUCCAUCUGUGUGCUGGAGCAUCUCUGGAUGUCCUGAGCGAGAAAAAUACAAAAUCUGUGUUCAGUUUGUACUGAAGAGGUACAGAACAACAACGAGAGAAAGAUGUCAGACACUCUCAUCAUCACCUUCCAGUCCCAGCUCUCUAUCGUCAUGGAAACGAUUCUCAAGUCAGCCAUGUUUGAGAUCACCAAGCUGGUGGAGGACAGCUUUGUGGAGGAAGUGGGCCAUGCCAAACAGGAAGUGGAGUUGCUUAUGCGGAGGCUGCAGUUUUAUGAGAGUAAACUGAAAGAGAGAGAAAGGAGAGUGCGGUGUGUGGACUGUGGUAAAGCCACAGCCAACGGCGAGAGGACUGCAGAGCCACCAGCAGAGGCGCUCUCAGGUACAGAUACUCUGUGUUUCAGUCUUAGCCUGAGGGAGCAGUCUGGGAAAAGGCCUCCAUUAAGUGAAGUGCGGCGGUCUGCAGAGAGUUUGGACUCAUGCACACCCACAGAGACACACACUCUCACACAGAAGAAGGCAAACACACUUGAACCAAGUGGGAAACAGGACUCCACAUCUAACACCACAGUACAAAUUCCUCAACAUGUUUUACAGAAGUUCCUUCCCAGUGCAGCAGUGACAGGGAUUCAUGAGCAGCACUGUGCCAAUUCAAAACCCAGAGAAAGUCACCACAAGACACCUGGGAUAGACUUUACUCCCAGUAAAGAAAUAGAUUUGACCCAGUCUAGACUAACACAGAGUUCUGCAGAGGAAGAUGAGGGUGGUGAGCAGGCCUCUUCUCCACCCUGUCCUGCUGUGAAAUCGGAGCAUGAGCCUGAUCCAGUUCCUAUUAAAGAAGAGGAGGAGAUGCUGCCGGUGUGGGACUGCACAGAUGACAGUGGUCCUGCGGAAAGCCAUCAGAAUCACAGAGACAUCGGAGGAUCCUGGAAUCGUGAGGAGACACAGCUGCCCCAAAAACCUCCUCUAAACCCUCCAGCAGAACUGGUCAAAGUGCACCCCAUGAGCAGACAGAGAACAUUCAGUGUGGUGGCGAGAGAGAUACUGACACAGUUUCAGGUUUGGCAGAGGGCAUGCUACAGCAGAAACAUCGAAUGGGGCCCAAUUACAGCAAAGAUCAUUUCUGCGUUACCGUACUUGUCUGGGAGGGAGGCCGAGGUGAUUGUGCGCUGUACUAAAAUGCUACAUAAUCGCAGGGACUAUCUCCGAAGGAGGGCCAAGGAUGCCUUUCUGGAGAGAAAUGCCUUUCCUGUGGCCCAGAGAUAUCUUGUUCAGCUUCAGAGAGGUGAUAUUAUUCAACAUAUGAACAUGUAAAUAAAGUAUGUUUAUGUGUGACAUUCUACUUUAUGAUUUUGACUCAUAUUUGAGCAUCUACUUGAGCCUACUACUGUGUAAUGUUUUUUGUCUAUUAAAAUUUUGUCUUUAUUUAUUAAGCUCAACUACGUAUCAUGUUUUAAUUUUUUGUAAAUAUUGUCUUCAAUACUGUAAUAAGAAGCAAAUAUCAGAUAUUUGACAAAAGCAUUUUUCUUGUGUGGUUUAGAGAUUCUUGUGUAGCAGAUCAAGCAAUAGGUCACCACUCUAGACCAAUAUUAACUGCAUAGCUAAAUAGAGGUAUGUUGUCAGUGUCCACUAGAAGGAAAGAUAAUAGUAUCUCAAACAUAUACACUCACCUGCCACUUUAUUAAAAACACUGUUCUAAUAAUGGGUAGGACUCUCUUUGCUUUUUUUGUGGCCUUGAUUCAACAGGUGCACCAAACAUUCAUUAGAGAUUCUGCUUCAUGUUGACAAAAUUGCAUCAUGUAAAUUAUUUGUCUGCUGCGUAUUUAUGCUGUGAAUCUCCUGUUCUACCAAAAGGUGCUGUAUUGAAUUAAAAUCUGGUGACUGGGGAGGCUACUGACAUACACUAAAAUCAUUUUCAUGUUCAUAGAACUAGUUUUGCUUUGUGACAAGGCACAUUAUUAUGCUGGAAGUAGCCAUAAGUAGAUGUGUAAAUUGUGGCCAUAAAAGGAUACACAUGGUCUGCAACCAUGGCAUGGCUUUGGCAUUCAAACAGUGCUUGAUUGGUAGUAUGGGGCCCAAAGUGUCUAGAAAACAUUCCGCAUUUUAUUAUACCCUCACCAACUUGAACUGUUGACACAAACAGGUUGGGUCCAUUGAUUUGUGUUGUUUUUGCCAAAUUCUGACCUGUGAUCUGUGUGCCUUAGCACAAAUAAAGUUUCAUCAGACUAGGUGGUGUAUGUCCAGUUUCAACUGUCCAGUUUUGGUGAGCCUGUGCCCACUGCAGCACUGUAGCUGACAGGAACCUAAUGUAAUCUGCUGUUGUAGCCCAUCCACCUCAAAGUUCAAAAUGUUGUGCAUUAAUGUUGUGCAAGAUGCUUUUCUGAUCACCACUGUUGUAAAGAAUGACUGUUUAAGUUACUGUAGCUUUUGGGUCAAAUCAGACAAGUCUGGCUAUUCUCCUUUGACCUCUCUCGUCAACAUGGCAUUUCCACCCACAUAUCUGCCACUCACUGGACGUUUUUUGUUUGUUCACUCUGUCAGAACUCUUGACCCAUGGCUGCAUGAUUUUAUGCAUUGCUCUGUCGCCUCAUGAUUGGCUGAUAAUUGC